AUGCCCACAGCCGGUUAUGCAGGAACGUCGACUUGGAAGGUUGUGCACUCAAGGGUCAUCAUCCGGAAGACCCCGAGCACCACCGCCAACAUCUUAGGCUUCCAAGCACAGGGGAAAGUGUUGGAGGGCUCGCUUCAGGAUGUCGCAGGCAUGCCCUGGUUGAAAGUGAAGCACUUCGGGGGAGAUGGCAAGGAAUGCGACGGGUACAUGCUCAUCGACGGAGCUGCGCUUGGCCUCGGACCCUUACUGGAAAGGGUGGACUCGCAUGCAGGGCCUGCGAAACCUGCUAAACCUGCGACGGAGCCGGCGGCAAAGCCCAAGAGCAAGAGCCGCCCGAAGCCAAAGCCGAAUGUGGAAGAGCUGCGCAAAUGGACUCGACAUCCUAAAACAGCAGCAUUGCGCUUUGAAGUUGUUCCCAACAUGGUCAUGGUGCGUAAUUUGCCUUCAACGCAGGCCGAUGCUGUAGGAGUGGUGAAAAAAGGAGAAGUCCUGGAAGGGCAACCGCGUGAAGGCUGGCUGCUGAUCGACGACAAAAGCAGCGAAGCACUGGAGAACGGCGAAGGUCGCUGGAUCCUUCUUGAUGGCAAAGACCUUGGCCUUGGAAUACUUUUGCGGCCUCAAGUUCCAGCACCGAUCAUCACAAAAAAAUAUGCUACUUCCGUACAGCUGAGCUUCGACUCGGACAUGAGCAAGUAUUAUCUGGAAGUUGAGCCUGAGAUUGGCGAAUGCUUUCGUACGCCAUGCAGUCAAGGCAAGUCUAUGAUUGUCCAUGGCUUGCAUCCUGACAGCCACGUACGCCUCAGAUUCAUUGUCAGGGGCAAGGAGGAAACUUAUGGAGAGUGGGAGGCCGUGGAGACAGCUGACGUCCCAAAUUGGGAGGAAGCAGAUGGCCCGUGUAUAGAUCUGCUGGGCAACAAGCGAGGCAACUGCCAGCAGUGUUCAUGCAAAUGCUUUGCACUAGAGGAGAAUGUGGUGUCGUUGAACAUGGAUGUGAGCGAUUCGCGCUGCGCGCGGUGUGGCUGCAAUGUGGCCGCUCAUGUCAUUUGGACGGAAAAGGCCUCACAAGCAAAGGCUGAAAGUCCGUCAGCACAGAAGCAGAAGAUGCCGGUGGCUGCCAAGCCGGUCCCCGUAGUGUCACCCGAAGCAGCACUCAACGACAAGGCCAUCUCUUUGCCCAAGGAGACGAUGCUGAAGCGAUGGCGACCUUUGGACACCAAGCCAUCUGAGGCCUGGCCGCGGCUUUCCAAAGACUUUUCCGAGGUGGUGGUCUGGAGCGAUCUGCACUCUGACAUGGGCAAGAAUAUGACCCAUCUGAAGCAGCUGCCCGUCUGCCAGGACACAGUCCUUCUGCUUGCGGGAGACAUCGCAUCGAGCCUGGAGGUUAUCGAGACUUCCUUUCGACUUCUACAGGCUAAAUUUGGUGCGAUCUUUUACGUUCCGGGAAACCAUGAGUUGUGGGUGAGCAAGAAAGAUGGUCUAUCCUCUGUGCACAAAUUCCUCGCUAUCUUGGAGAUUUGUGAAGAGUUGGGCGUUCACACAAGGCCUGCUUUCAUCAACUCCGAGUGCGCGGUGUGCCCCUUGUUUUCCUGGUACAAGGACAACCUUGUCGACGGGUUUUCUCGCAAUCUGGCAGACAUACCAUUUGACAUGCAGACGCAAUGGCCGUGGGACAUUACUGGACGUGGUGAUACAAAUGAUGCACAACAGCCUGAAAUUGCUGACUUCUUCUUGUCGUUAAAUGAGCGCCGAAUAGCUGCAACACCGGCAGGCGCUCUGACAGCUCUCAAACGAGCUGAAGCAGAUGCAGAGGAGGCUCGGCAAGCUCAACUGGAGGGAAAAGUGCUGCCGCCUUUGGCAAAGGCGCAGGAUGAGAAUGAGAUUUUCGUCGUCACCAUGAGCCACUUCGUUCCCCGCCAGGAAUGCUAUCCUGGUCCGCGGCGGCUUUGUGGAGUCAUGGGAUGCAGGGAGAUUGAGAAACAGGCUCGCGCUUGUGGCUCACGCUGUCAUGUUUUUGGACACUCGCAUAUCUCCUGCGAUCGGCAGGUUGAUGGGAUUCGUUACGUGCAGCAUCCUCUUGGCUACCCCAACGACUACCACAGACAAAGUGAGCCCAAGACCGUCUGGGGCACUUGCAAGUCACGCCAGGAAGCAUCAGCUCUGGUCAAGGAGCCAGAAUCUAAGCUGGCCAAAGAGAUUGCCAAGGCCAUACUUGACGACAUCCGAGUUUGCACAGAUAAGUGUCUGGAGCGGCCACCCGGGCGAUGGAAUCAAGAGGACCCUGACACGUACAGUAGCAACAAUAUCUUUGACCGGAAGGAAGAGCUGAAGCUUCGUGAGAGCAUGGGCUACGAUGCCAAGAAAAUGGCGGAGCUCUGGAGUGCACCGCCGCCAGUCCGAGAAGUGGAAGUGCAGGUGACCCAUUUCCAAGACGGGAACCAGCUCAGCUUGUGCAUUCCAAACAACCUGCUGGUGCGACAGCUGAAGGAGAGGAUCGUUGAGGAAGUUGGCCGUGGGAAUCCUGCAAAGAUUGUGCUGUCGACAAGUGGUGAGAAUGCGCUCAAUGACGAUGUUGCCUUGAGCUCUCUGGACUCUGAAAUAUCAGGUGGCUUGAUUGCCAUGGGAAUCGACAUGUCCAAGGGCAAAACCGUCAAAGUGAAGCUUGUCCAUGCGGCAUCAGAUUCGCCACAGAGUCUGACCAUUUCCAUUCUGGACACGGCUACAAUGCUAGACGUCAGGAAGGAGGUCAUGAACAGGCUUGGCGAGAGCAGCAUCAGCAAGUGCAAGCUGGUAAAGAGACUGGCCACUGGUGGCUUUCAAGGUCUUGCCGAUGGCGAUCGGCUGAACGCCAAGCGGGAGCUUCUGUUCUUAGGCCGAGAUCUUUUGGAGAGCACUUCGGGGACAAGCACGAAGGAGGAGCUCCUUUCACUUCAUGUUUAA